GCAGGAGCUGCAGGGUGUUAUUUCAUGGAUCUGCUCAGUGUGCUGCUGCUUUGGAAGCAACAAUUUAUUUUUGGCAUCUGACAUUAAAGCUUACCCUUAGCUGUGACAGCGGCCCCUCUGAGCCGCGACAGCCCCGGGGUUUGACUGGAGCUUUUAGUCCGUCCUCUGACACUUUGUGAACAGACCGAUGGAUACCCUUUAUAUCAGGGAUUGACCGGCACCGGACACGCGACCUGUUGAGGGAGGAGAGCAGUUGUGCAGCCUUGGUGUUGAAUCAGAGUCCCAGCCAUCAUGACCAAAGAGGAGGAGAACCCUGACUCGGUGGGGGCCCAGGAGUUCUACAAGAAGUAUGAAACCAAGGAGAUUCUAGGAAGGGGGGUGAGCAGCGUGGUGCGUCGCUGCAUCGACAAACAAACGUCUCAGGAGUACGCAGUCAAGAUCAUCGACAUCACCCCCUCGGACAAGACUACCCCGCAGGAGAUCGAGGAGAUCAGAGAGGCGACGGUGAAGGAGAUCGACAUCCUCAAGAAAGUCUGCGGACAGGAGAACAUCAUACAGCUCAAAGACUGCUACGAGUCCAAAGCCUUCUUCUUCCUGGUUUUUGACCUAAUGAAGAGGGGUGAACUUUUUGACUACCUCACAGAGAAAGUUACUCUGAGUGAGAAGGAAACCAGGAAAAUCAUGCGUGCUCUGCUGGAGGUGGUCCAGUUUCUCCACAACCAAAACAUCGUCCACCGAGACCUAAAGCCUGAGAACAUCCUUCUAGACGACGAGAUGAACAUCAAACUAACCGACUUUGGCUUCGCUGUGCAAAUCCAGCCAGAACAGAAACUCAAAGAGGUGUGUGGGACCCCUGGCUACCUCGCACCGGAGAUCAUUGAGUGCUCCAUGGACGGAGGGCAUGCAGGAUACACUACUGCUGUGGACAUAUGGAGUUCGGGGGUGAUCAUGUACACGCUGCUCGCAGGCUCUCCGCCCUUCUGGCACAGGAAACAGAUGCUGAUGCUGCGUAUGAUCUUGUCUGGGAGCUACGACUUCUCGUCUCCAGAGUGGGAAGACCGCUCAGACACCGUUAAAGAUUUGAUCUCUCGGAUGCUGGUGGUUGACCCAAAGCAGCGAUACACCGCUACAGACGUCCUCAACCACUCGUUCUUUUCACAGUAUGUGGUUCAUGAAGUACGACAGUUCAGCCCAUACAGGCGGUUCAAGGUAAUUUGCAUGACUGUUCUCGCCACGAUGCGAAUCUACUGCAACUACCGCCGUGCCAAGCCCGUCACCAAGGAAGUGAUCAAGAGCGACCCGUAUGCUGUCAAGCCCAUCCGCAAGCUCAUCGACGCGUGUGCAUUCAAGAUCUACGGCCACUGGGUCAAGAAGGGACAAACUCAGAACAGAGCAGCACUUUUCGAGAACACUCCCAAGGCCAUCCUGCUGUCGAUGGCUGCCGAGGCCGACGAGCCGGUCCACCACAUAUGGUAAUAAGCACUCAGGGCAGAUCUGCUGGAGAUGCUAGCAAAGGUACUCUUCUUCUUAGUGUGGCUUUUUGUACUCUUCUGUUAUAUAAAGGAAAUUAACUGACUAACACGAUACAAGGUUAAUUUUAAUGUGAAGAGCGUAUUUUGCUCAUGAAUUUUUGAAAUGCCGCAGUUUGUUACAGCGGGAUUGAUUUACCUCAAGAAUUCAGAAUACCACUGUUUAACACCUUACUUGCUUUCUGUCCUAAAUGUAGAUUACAAUAACAGAUUUAGAAAAAAAUGUCAAGUUUGUUCUCAAUUGUACAGCCUCUGAAAAGUGACUUAUUCUUUGAUGCCUGUCUAAAGCGAUUGUAGCCAGCAGCCACCUGAUUAUCAGAGAGAUUGUUUAUUUAGUACUUUGCACUAUCUCCACAUCUCAAACAGACACAAGGUUUCCACCUUACCUUUCACUGUAUGAAAUAUACAGUUUGUUCAAGGUUUACAUUUUGGAUGACCACGUUAAUAAAAUCAAUUAAAGAAUUUCUGGUUGUAUAAAUGAUGCCCUGGAGUAUCACGUUACUCUUUCUACAAAACAUUUGUCAGAACUGACAGGCAAAGCAAAACAUGGACAAAACCAACAUAAUUUAGCAACUGGAAUAUGAAACCGUGAACCUGCAUACUUGAAUGGCAUGGACUUAUUGUGUGGCUGUUUGAUCAUCAUGCAGGGUGUACUGAUCUGAGAACAGCUUCAAGGGAAGUUUUAAUUAUAUAGCACUUUAAAAUGUAUGCCAUGGAUGUAUUUAUUAAAUUGUGCAUUACAUUUGAAAAA